AUGCUGAUGCCAGCCCACUUCCUGCUGCUACUGCUGCUGCUCCUAGGAACCCCAAGGGCAGGCCUCUCUCAUAAGUUCUACAAAACCAAGUCCAUCUUUAGCUGCAUCAACACAGCCCUGUCUGAGGCCAAGAAGGGCCAGUCAGAGGAUGAACCCCUGCUAAAUAAGAGAAGUUUCCACUACCUGCCCAGCCAAGAUCUGUCUUCAGCAGCAGAGGAAGAGGAAGAGGAGGACAAGGAGAAAAGGACCUUCCCUGGCUCUGGGGGUGGGGGUGGAGCUGGAAGCACCCGGUACAAAUACCUGUCCCAAGGACAGCUCGGGGGGAAGCUGUACCAGGACAAGGCCAAGAGUGACCGGCGCGCCAAGUUCACUCUGUCCCUUGACGUCCCCACUAACAUCAUGAACAUCCUCUUCGACAUCGCCAAGGCCAAGAACUUGCGAGCCAAGGCAGCAGCCAAUGCCCACCUGAUGGCGCAGAUUGGGCGGAAGAAGUAGAAGUAGAGACAAGGCAAGAGGGCAGCUCAUCUAGAAUGUCAAGUGUAGAGGGUAAGGGGACACCAAGGGUUUGCCCACCCAGCUGGUUUGUGUUUUGAGGGA